AUGAAAAAGCAAUCAGCCAAGUAUUCAAAAACAGAGCCAUCGGCGAGAAGAUCCAACAAAUCACCCACGAGUCCGAGUGGAAAUCCAAAACCUGAGGAUAUGCUUACUCAAAGCCAAGUAAAUUAAGAACUCUUAAAAACUCAAUAAUCUUUUCGUAGCUCAACUGGCCAUUAAGGAUAGACUCCAUCUAUAAGGUAAACCAAAAUAUUAUCGUAGUAGUUCUAAAGUGACACAAUCAGUAACAUCUCCUGGUAGAAAUAUGUAGAAAAGACCAUCACAAAUAAUAUCAAAACAGUAAAUGCAAAACAUGCAUGAACGCUCUGUAAUCAAAGUUCUUGGAAUGAGUAUGGAGGCAGUAUGUCCGAAAAAGAAUCAUGAAAAAAAUAAGAUGCUCUACAUUUGUUAAUAUGGAGAUUGUAAGGCAGACAAUAGAUUGGGAUGCUCGUACUGUUUGGUAGAAUCUCAUAAUGAUCAUUCCUAACAAGUAAUGGAAGUUUAAACCUUUUGUAAGAUAUUUGAUGAUAGAAAAAAGCAAGUAUUUACAAAAAAUGAUGUUUUAGUUUAAAAAUCUGAGCGACACAAUCUUGCAAGUACCAGAUAAGACAGCUUAAGUAAGCUUAUUCUUUGAAUAACUAAGAGAUCAAAUUAUGGAUCGAUUGAAAUAAAUAGAAAAGAAUAUUUUGCAAUCAAUUUCGGAAUAAUUGGCAUGGAAGCCAUUAUAAAAGGAGAUUUUGUAUAGAGUGGAGGUUCUGAGUUCUAAACUCAUUUUUGAUAUGACAUAGGAUGAAUUGAAGGAAAGCUUGGAAUUUAUUUAGGGUAAACAUUUUAAAGAGCUGGAAUAUAUAAAAUAAGAGACGAAUAAUUAUUUAAGUUAAAAAAUAGCCUUAGUUGAACAUAUUUGGAAUGAUUAUAAAAUUUAAUUAGAAACUGAUAUAACACAACAACUUAAUGAUUACAAUAAGGUUAUGUUUUUGGACCCAUAAAGCAAAGAGUUCGCUGAAUAUAAGAUGCAAUUUUUCUAAUAAAAGCAAUUGAAAGUGAAUGAAUUGAGUUAACCAUUCCAUUAAUAAUUAGAGAUGUUUAAGGAAGAAGAAAGGAAAGCAGAAGAGAAAAAACAAGAAGAAAUUAAAAUACAAUAACAAAUAGAAUAGAGAAAGAAGGAAGAAGAAAUUAAGAAAGAAAAAGAAAGACAAAAACAAAUACAAGAAUAGAUUCUCAAAUAAAAGGAAGCUUAAAAGAACUCUGAGAGAUAGAAUGAAAGGGAUAAGCUUCUUAAAACCUUCCCUUAUAAGUUAUACACAGAAGAUUGUCAACAUAGAACUAAGUGCAAUACAAUACCUAUUUUCUCAUGCUGUAACAAGGCGUAUCCUUGUUCACAAUGCCAUGGAUAUGUGGCACAUCCUCCUCGGAUAUAAGUUCCCAGUUAUAGAUAUUGUAUGAAAUGUCUUGAAAUUUAUCUGGUUAUGUACCCAACAAAUUAGGCCAUAAAUUGUCUGAAGUGUUAAAAGUGAUAUAAAUUUUGUAAUCUAUAUUCAGAACAAUCAAGUUAAAUAGUAUAUCCUUCCAUGUUGUUUAUUCCUCUUUUGUUUCCAACAUUUUAUUUUCAAUAAUUAAUGAAUUAAUUAACACCAUAGAUUCAAAUGAGAUUCUUUAUUUAUAACUUUUUCGCUUCUCAAAGAAUCAAAUAAAAGUUUAAUUGAUGGAAUCAUUGAAAUAAGAAGAUCAAUUCAUCGUUAAUUAUCCAAAAUAGAAUUGCAAAGGAAAGAUUUAUAAAUAUUUUGGCAUAUUCCAUAAAUUAAUAGUUAUUUAAUUGGUUCUAGAUUUUCAAGUAACUUUAGGCUUAAUAAGACAUUAUUGUAAUAUUUGUUAAAAGGCUUCUCUCUCUGAAUUAUUACAAUAUUUGCUUUGAAAAAGUAGAAAAAAUUUUGUUUUUGGAUUUUGCAUAGAACGCUCUUAUUAACGCAGUUUGGUAAUGGGAAUUGCCAAAUAAAAGUAAAUGCCUUAUUUGGUUCAACACAAUUUAUAACAGGAUCUGAAAACAUAAUUUUAUUCCUAAUAAAUAAAGAACUAAUUUUGAAUUCAAGUCAUAUGAUAACAACACUAUUUUGUAAAAUAACGAAUUAGAUGGUUGUAGAAAGGAUAAAAAACCUUUAUACUUAAUCUUCUUUAAUUCUUACUUAGCAUGCCAAAAACAUUUCAAAUCAAGUCCAAAUUCAUAUGCUUUAGAUUCUAGGAAUUAUUUACUCAUUUAUUAUAUCUUAAAAGUCGACACAGGGCAUACACAUAAAGUCAUAUGAUUUGUAAUAAAUGAUCAGAUAAAAGAAGCCUAUUUCACAGCUUAAGCAGAACUUUUUAAAGGUUUAGAUGAAUGGACUUAUAUGCUAAAUGGAUAAUAAUUUCAUGGUGGUUAAAGCCAGAUGA